CUACAAUUUUUUGUAGGCUUUGCAUUUUCUAACGCGAGUGAAAAUGGAAAAAUUAAAAUAAAUUUUCAAACCAUUAAAAAUGUUUAAAAGUGAAAAGAAAUUAAUAUAAAUUACAAACAAACAGCUAUAAGACAGUUAAAAAAACGCCAAGAAAUCAAAAAACUUGCAAAUAAUUUAUAAAAUUAUUACAAAAACUUUGUGAAAAAACAAGGAAGCAAUAGAAUAUUACGCAUGCAGAAAAAAGCAUUCAUAAAGGACUUUAAAGAAAAAUUGAACUGCGAGUUGAAAAAUAAAGGUGUUAGUGAAAUACGGCUUUAUUGAAAUUUGAAAAGUGAAAAGAAACUUUGCAUUUUCUCAUGCUAAUAAAAAUAAAAAUAACUUUAAAAGAAUGAUCUUCAUAGUGCUAUUGAAAAAUCAUCAAUAAAUACAGAAUUUAUUAAAAAAAAUAUGUGAAGGAAAAAAGGAAGUUACAGAAAAUUACGCAUGCAUGGAAAAUUCAUUCAUAAAGAACAUAAAAAUUAAUUGAAUAUUAUAGGAGUGUGUACAAAUAAAAAAGUAAUCAUAUCCUGAUAUUGAUAAAAUCAAGGAAUUUAAUAGAUACAUGUCUUUGGCCUUUAAAAAUGUCUAACAUUUUUAGUAGGCUUUGAAUUUUCUAACGCGAGUGAAGAAAUAGAAAAAGGAAAUUUUCAAAUCAUAAAAGAUGUUUAAAAGUGAAAAGAAAUUAAUAUAAAUUACAAACAAACAGCAAUAAGACAAUUGGAAAAAUCUCAAAAAAUAAAAAAAAAACUUUAAAAAUGUAAUCAAAUUUUCAUUCCCUUAUUUGUCAAACAUAAAGAAAAUCGAAAAAUCAAAUCAAUAGUUCAUUGUUUUAUUUGUCAGUUAAAAGAAAAUUUCCGAGCAAAAUAAACAAAAAAUAAUACAAAAAUAGAAUAUUAAAAACAAAAAUUUUAAUUUCCGCAAAACAAAUAAAAAUACAUAUAUAAACCCAAAAUAAAAAAAAAUAAAAACUGCGCCUAUUUUGAGAGCCAUUGACAUACGAUAUAAAUAAUCCAAGAUAUUACAACUGGUUCAUUGUUAUCUACGUUUAGACAAAUAGUUGUCCCAACUUACUUUUUUGACAUCUAUUGCAUUUAUUUCUUGGCAAAACGGCAACAAUAACGUUUCCCAAGCAGAAAAACCAUCAAAGGAAGAGGUCUUCGAAAGAUCCUCCUAUGUUCGUUAAUACGGGUGGGGGUGGGAAGACGCAGCAGCAGCAGCAGCCGUUACAAAAUCAAACAAACGCAUCAGUUCGUCAUAAUAACCCAUACCCACAUACGCACACACAUUCACAGCCACAACAACAACAACAGCAGCCACAUUAUGAGCAUCAUCAGGGACCGGUUACAUUUGUUACAUAUCCGUUCUGUAAUGUUGCGCCAACAGCUCAUGGCAAUACAGGUGGUAAUGGUGUUAGUGUUGGUGGGGGUCAAGCGAGCCAUGUCCUCUAUCAGACAACUCAUCAACCACAGUCACAGCCUCAUCCCACACAGCAGCAGGUGGGUCUCCACAAUGCCGAACAGACUUUGCACUAUUUUACAAAAAGUGCUCAAUUGCCGACGCAUCACCUUCACCAUCCAUCACAGCAGCAGCAUUCUCAAAUAAGAAAUAUGAUAGCAGCUGUAUCCCAUCAGCGACAGCCAUUUGUAGUCUCACCCAACUACUUUGCUUUAUCACAUGCUUUAUUACCACAGCAAACGCGGGCGCCACUUCUUUCAAAUGCUGCUCCUCAACAUGCGGCCAGUGGUGGUUCAAUGAGUACACAACUUCAAAAUACUACACCCAGAAGUGUAGCUCCUAGUGGCCCAACAGCAUACGUGCCACCACCAUACUGCACACCACCACUACUGUUAGGUGCUCCACCAACGGCUGUAACGCCUCAACCAACACCUAUGUUAACUGCAGCAGCAGGAAUAGGACAGCCUCCUACUCUGCAAGCAUACGCCCAUAUGGGUGGAGGAAUGCCAACAGCUCCAACCUCAUCCACACCCAUAAAUAUACCAGCUGUAGGUCUAGCAGUUGGUGGUGCAGCAUCAAAUACAGAGCACUCUACAAACAUAAAACAACGAAAACACGCAAUUCCCAUUAUUAAUCCUGACACCCUAGAGAUCGUAACAUUUGAACACUUGGCUGCUGAUGUCCAAACACAGACACAGCCACAAAUUCCCGCUAAAAAUGAAAUAAAUGUAGAAUCUGUAUCAAUACAGACAGACAAUGACAAUUCUUUAACUGCCUCGAUAGCGAGUAAUGCUUCAGAUGUUGUGACACCAACACAGUCACAAUCGAUCUCUGUACAGACAGAUGAUGGAAACUAUGAUAUCGUUAAGCAGAACAGUGGUUUAGCAAUAGCAACUCAAACAGUUUCAGUAGCUGUUGUUAAUACCGGCACUCAAUCGUCAAACUCUGAUAGCGAAUCGCCAAAAAAAUUAAUUUACGAUGACCCCAAUGAUACAGAUGCCGACACUAAUGAACAUGAGUUGGACAAUGAAGACGAUGUUCUCGAUACAAUUGAUGGAAAUUUAACGUGUAUUGUUCAAAAAUUACCAGAUAACGAUUCAAAAAAUCAACAAGAGCCUGAAAAUGUUCCUGCUGGCGAUCUUCUUACAAUGCAGCCAGUAGAGUCUGAUUCUGACCAUUCCACAGAAACGGAGGUUAAAUCAAAAGAUGAACCUUGCACAAUAUCUGCCCAAACUUCCGUUGAUAAUAAAGAUGAAGUAAAAUCCAAAGAUAUUCAACAAGAUUUGCCGCAGUCCGUAUCCUCUUUUGUUGCAACUGAACCAAAAAUAUUUUUUGCGAUAGGAGGUCGUAAAAAUAAAAAAGCAGCUAAACGCAAGGAAAAAAUACAAAGGAGGAUGAAACAGCAAAAUAAUAAAUCCAAUAGUGCAUCCGUACAGAACGAAGAUAUUUGCACAACAUCUACUUUAAAAACCACUGACACUGAAAUUAAAUCUAUGGACUUGAAAAAUGAAUCCGAAGAAGAGACUACAAAUGUUCUUAUACGUUACUCUUUGGAAGAACUAAAAGCUUUUGCCAAAUCACCAGAAUCUCGAAAAACUCCUGUUGUACCCUGCCAAAAAGGUGACUGCAUCUCUCAACUUUUCGUAGCUCGUCAGCAACAUCAUCACCAUCAUUUAACACACCAAGUUGGACAAAAUUUAGCUGCAAUCAACCUUCAACAUCACGUUCAGCAAUCGUACCAUCAUAUGAAUUUCAAUGAAUCGAUAGAAUUUGUAAGUGGCAAACGACGUGUUGGGGGUGGCGUUGGAAGUGGUGGCAUUCAGAGAAAACAUCAUGAUCAUCAUAGCAAUGCGGCCUCUACAGGAAAUAUAAAUAUUACUGGUCUCUCAGUUGCUCCGGGAUCAAGUGGCGUUGGAGGCAAUUCAUCGCAAAUUCAGAAAAAAAUGCAAGUUAUACGCAUUAACUUGUCAUUAAAUGAAGAAAUCAAAUUGUCAAAAUGCGAAAAUGCUUGGCAGCCGAAAUUUCUAUCCCGCAACUCAAAUAACAAUUCACCCACGACUGAAAAGAGUAAAAAUGAUGAUGGUGAUAUUGAUGACGUUUUGAAAAAAGUCCGCGGAAUUCUUAACAAGCUGACUUCGGAGAACUUUGAUGUCUUGUUGAAAGAAAUGACUAGCAUUACAAUUAACACACAAGAAAAAAUGCAAAAAGUGAUGCUAUUAAUAUUCGAAAAAACAGUUAGCGAGCCUAAUUUCGCACCCACUUAUGCGAAAUUUUCCAAAGUUUUAUUCGAAGAAUUUAAAGCGGAUAGCAAAAAAAUAUUCAAUGCUUUAUUAAUAAAACGCUUGCAGACAGAAUUCGAAUUAAAUGUGAAUAAUGCUGAUGCAAAGGAGCGAAAAUUGCAACAGAUUAUAAACAAGUUAAAUGAAACAACCGAUCAGCAGGAAAAACUCGAAUUACAAGCUGAACUAGAACAUCAGGAGUAUCAAUUCCGCCGUCGUGCAUGGGGAACGGUGCGUUUUAUUGGCGAAAUGUAUAAAUUACAUUCAUUAACUGCUGAUCGUGUUCUGCAAUGCGUUGAGUCGUUGCUCGAACAUGGCAAUGAAGAAAAGUUAGAGUACAUGUGUAAGUUACUGACAACGGUCGGUAACUUACUGGAAAGCAAUGAUGCAGAUUCGUUUAACAACAAUCUUAGAAUGAAUAAGAUUUUUGCAAAAAUCCAAACCAUUGUUAAAGAGGCUAGAGAACCUUGCAACAAGAAAAAUAAAAUCUGCAGUCGUGUGCGUUUCAUGAUGCAAGACUUAAUUGAUUUAAGAUCCAGAAAUUGGGGUCAAUCGCCUAAUACUCAUAAUAGCCAUGUUACACUACGUAGACGACAUCCUGAUAUUAGAAAUAGUAAUUUGUCAUCUGGUUCCUUAAAUGCUUACGAUAGAGGUUCUUCGCAACGAUCGUCCUUUGGUAAUAAUAACAACCGUCAUAAUCAAACACGUAAUAAAGACUCUGCUGCUGGCGGCAAUGGUGGUAACUAUUUCAUACAAAAAGCAACAAAGUCGCAAUAUUCAGGCCAACGUGAGCAACAUAGUAUUGAUUUGAAAAAGCUAAAUUUCUCCCGGGGUGAUGAUUCUUCACAAGCAACAACCAAGCUCGGCAAUAGUUCAAUUUACAUGUGGUCAACUGCUGGUCGACAAGCAUACCAAUCUAGCGAUUCACAGAACAGUGGUCGAACCACACCCACAUCAUUGCCAUUAAAUACACCGCACCAAUACCAGCAAAAACAUCAACAACCACAUCAAUCCCAAUAUUGGGGUGUUAAAAAUCAAAAUUCCAAUUCAGAUAUAAAAGCAAUACUGACAUCAUCUUCUAACAAAGACAAUCAGAAACUAUUGAAUCACCUCAUAGAAGAAUAUUUAGAUUGUCUGCCAUCACGCAGCAACAGGUGGCAUGAAGAAGUUUUUAAUACUUGGCAAAAGACGACCAACAAACAGCAAAUAUGUUUGGUAUAUUAUAUCCUAAUGAACUAUUUGCAUUUAGCCGCAGUCAAACGUUUGGAAAGAAAUGCCUGCGCUGACAUUUUCGUCUAUCUCAUGACUUCUAAUGCAUUUAGUAAGACGACAUUUACGCGAGCUUAUGAACAAUUCGCUGAGGAAUUUCCUGACUUAUUAAUGGACGUUCCUAAUGGCUGGACAUACGUUUUAGAAUUCUUGGGUCCUAUGCUACAUGAACGUUUCCUAAGUUUUAACGACAUAUGGAACACAAACUGGCGCAAUGAUCAGGUGUUUACUGAGCGUUUUAUUAAAGCUUUAGUGGUUUACUUUACCAAAGAAUUUGGAGCGAAUUAUGUGAGGGAUUUGUGGCACAAUGAAUUUAAACUGGAUAGAGGGCAAGUUUUCAUGGGUGAUCAACAGCAAUGGCGCCAAUUUAUUGCCCUAAAUAAAUUACAAUUCCUCUACGACAGUAAGGCAAAGCCUGAAAUCAUAACAGCAAAUGCCAAUAACAACAACAACAAUGAUAGUAGUUUAUCAAUAGAGGAUCAUCAUGUGAAGCGUUUAGAAAUACUUUUAAGUUCACCCAAUGAUUCGAAUUUAGCUUUAGACUAUAUCAACACAAAUGUAAAUAUAAAUAUUAAUUUUCUAAAAAAUCUAACACGAUUACUCUGUGAUUAUGCCACCACAAUGAAAACGACUCUGUCGGGAUCAUCUCCGGUAAGUAAAAACAGUAGUACCUGCAGCAACACCAGUAGCAGGAGCAGUACCAAAAACACAGAACAGUCUAGUAGUAGUAAUAAUGCCAGGAAACCCCAACUAAAUGUUAAUAUAUUUCGCAAAAAUUGUUUACCACUUUUGCGAUUAUGCAUUGACGCCCAUGAGGAUCAUGAAUUGGCAUGUCUCGACUCUGUUGUAGAUGACUUACAACAGGAGUUUGAUACAAACACUGCCAACGAACUGAUCUGUGGCAUUUUUGAUAUACUUUACGACUGUGAGGUUAUACCAAAAGAGUCCUUUGAAAAGUGGUAUAACACAAGACAACACCAGCAACAAGACCAGAAAAAACAUGUAGUAAAUUCAAAACAAAUAAAAAGACCUUUAAGUGCUCAUUUAGAGGCUUAUAUGCAAAAACUACUCUAACAAAGUAAAGUAGAUACAAAUAAGAAUUUAAAACAAAAUUAAAAAUAUACACAAAAAGAAAAACAAACAAAUUAUUUAUAGACUGCAAGUUUCUUUCCUUUUUCUAGUACUUUUUGUCAAGAUCCUAACACUACACAACUAAUAUUAAACAUUUUAACUACAAAUUGGAAAAAAAUAUAAUUACAGGAGAAUACAAUUUUCCUGUAAAAUUCUACAACAUUUUCAACAAUAUUAUUUUCUAAAUUUCAUUUCAAAAUUAACUGUGAUUUCUUUUAUAAAAAUAUAUUAUUUUUUUUAUUUUAAACUUCAUUAUUCUUGGCAAAUUUGCAAAUACAAUUUCAAAAAACAAAAAAAAAAAAA